AUAAUUCAUUCUGUUCUUUUAGAUCCUGGAGGUAUCCCCUGGACGAGUGAAGAACCUGGAGCCAGGAAUGAGAGUAUGUGCAUACUGGAGCUCCAAAUAUAAUUACCUCCAUCCUGGUACGAUAGUGGAGAAUACCCAGGGCUUGGAUCUACCCUCAGACUACUUGGUGAUUGAACUUGAUGAUGGUGACAGUAGAGACUUUCAUGUUGAUAGUAUCCGGUACCUACCCCCUGGAUAUCCUUUAGUAGUUGGUGAGACGGAUCCUAUGGAGGGUUUAUCCCAGAUACGGCGAAGAAGAAUAUCAAGUAUCAACCUCGGGUCUCCGAAGAAGAAGAAGAAAAGUAAGAAGGAAGAUGAGAAAGAUGAGAAAGCGGAGAAGAAGGAGAGAAAGUUGGAGAAAAAAGAAUUAAAACCCAAAGAAUGGAGAACGGAAAUGACUCCUAGUCUCAAAAUUAAAAUCCGAUCUCCGGAAUCUCACAAACAAGAGUCAAUCAGCGAGGAUGGACCCCCCGUGCUAACCCCAGAAGUAACACGACCUCUCAAUCCAAGCGGAGAAAACCUUUGUCCUCAGCUAGAAAAACUUGAACUACCUGGGACCUCGGGAACCUCGAGGCUGCGAGACGAAGACGAGGAUUCAGCAUUUGAAUCGAAUGGACGGAACGAGGACGAUUUGGAGGAUGAUUUAGAGUCUGAAGAUCUAAAGUCGAUCUACAGACAACGAAUGCCGAGUGCAGACAAGAGUAAAAUUCGAGCUUUUCUUCCUCCCCAGCAUCUUCUCUGGGAGUGGGGAGGAGAAGGGACUAAACCUAAAAACAAGACAAGGAAAGUUUUCCAUGAUGAAAUAGUUCGUGGAGAAGAAAGAAUCAAAGUUGGAGAGUCUGCUGUCUUUCUUUCCACAUCUCGUCCAGAUAGACCGUAUAUUGGUCAGCUGGAAAGUAUGUGGGAAACCUGGAGUGGAAACAUGAAGGUUCAUGUUCGUUGGUUUUACCACGCUGAAGAGACUGUUGGAACCGGUGAGGGUGGAAGACGAGUUCAAGAUUUAAACCAUCCGGGAGCCCUUUUUGAGUCGUGUCACUUCGACGAGAAUGACAUUCAGACGAUAUCCCACAAGUGCGACGUCGUCGGGUUUGCGGAGUUUCUUGAGAGGCUGCGAGAGACCCCGUCCCUGAAGGAGAGUAUCUACGAGAACAACGACCUCUACUAUUUGGCGGGAAACUACGAUCCUGUAGUCGGGACCCUCGCUUUCAAGCCUGGAGUAUUCGACUAAAAUCCUGGAAAUGGAUUUUUCAGAAUGGCGGACGGGAGGCAAAAUAGAGGAAUCAAUGCACCAAUAUUUAUUCAGAUAUAUUUAAACACAUUCAAUAUUUAUUCCCAUGACGAAAAACGGAGUCAAGUAUUUACGUUGUGUGAACGACCUACGUGUUUGCUAAUAUCGGUGUCCAAUUUUAUCUUGUAACACAAUUUUAAAAAUAUAACAAAAUUUAAGAUAAAAAUACAAUACAAGAGUCCGAAGUCACAAUAUUUUACAUUUUGUUUCAUGUAGAUGUUUAAAAAUAUGCUUUAAAAAAUAAGAAAAAAAUCACAUGUUAAAAGGCCUGAAUGUAAGUAUUGAUAUCAAUCUAAGUGUAUUAUGAAAAACCGGAACUGUUCUGUAUUAGGGGGCCUUGAAAAAAAGUGUUCUUACAAAUAUUAUAAAUAUGAACCCAAUUUUACAAAUUUUUCAAACAAAAAACACUUAUGGAUUAAUUAUGGAACACAUUUUUUUAAGCGCGUCCACUGUCGAGAUGAAACCUGAACUCCAUAUUUCUUGAAUCUCUUUCCAUUUUGUAAAUAAUUUUUUCUUGUGAUUUAAAACAUAAACUUUAAAUUAUAUUCGGUCAUAUUUUUUAAGAAAAAAC